AUGGAUACUCAAACGCAACUCGACAUCGCCAAGCUCAAUGAUGCCGACAGAAAAGAAUUGACCCAGUACCUCGCAAACGAGGCACAGAAAUCCAACAUCCAGCAAACUGUUCAUGGCCUGGCCGAUAUCUGUUGGAAAAAGUGCAUCACCGGAAAGAUCUCGUCGGGCCGCCUAGAUCACUCCGAGGAAGCCUGUGCGCAGAAUUGCGUGGAACGAUGGAUGGAUACGAACUUUGCUGUCUUGAAGCACCUCGAAACCCUGCGAGGACAAUGAAAGCUUCGUGUUCGGUGUACUAAUGUAUACAACUGCCUUUCGAGCUCGCUCCAUCUAGACAAUCUUGGUCUGCUGUGUUGGUUUUCCCAAUUCUCCACUCACUUGGAUCGAGAUCUUUCUUUGACAGAAAUCCAAAAUUGCAAUAUCCAGGCCACACCAAGGAAUUUAAAGCCUCAAGUAGACCUAUAUACACGCAUAUCGUACUCCACCAAUCCCAUGAAUUAGUCCUGGGCCCGAGAAGCGCCAUGCGUCUCAUGUUCACAUCCACCGGAAUUUUACAUUUAAAGGCUUCUCCAUUAAGACGCGGGAGAGUAUAACGGGGUAUCAUCCUGUGUCAUC